UAUUUCAUAUAGCUACUUGCUUAGAUUCCUCACGUUUAAAAUGUUAUAUAUCUCACUAUUCUCUCUAGGGUUAAUUUUCACCUAUAAAAUAAACACUUCUCAACUACUCAUCAAUCACUUCAUUCAUAUUCAAAAAGCUCUUCUAUAAUAAUAUAACAUCAAACCCUAAAAAUGUUGAAGCCCCAAGUUUUUCAAGAAUCAAAGCUAUCCUCAUUAUUCAUCCAUGGAGGGAACUAUAAUAACAAUAAUCUUGCUUCAUUUCCAGUCUGUAUAAUAACAUUACCAGCUUGUUAUUAUGAAAAAAAUUAUAACCACAGAAAUUUUGGGAAAGUAAUUAGAGCUGUUUCAAGAGAUAAUAAUAAUAAAUAUUAUAGUAGUAGUAGUACUACUAAAGUUGUGGAAAAGUCAACAAAAGUCAAAGCUGUUGUGACUGUGAAGCCAACUGUGGGAGGUGUUUUGUCUAAUAUUGGUUUGAACAGAGGAGUUGAUGAUAUUCAAGAUUUGCUUGGCAAAACCCUUCUUCUUGAACUUGUUAGCUCUGAGCUCAACCCUAGUAAAAAGAAAAAAAAAGAAACAAUUAAAGGAUAUGCACAUAGAAUUAUUGGAGGAAGAGAUAAUAUUGGAGGAGUUAAAUAUGAAGCAGAUUUUGAUGUGUCAGUUGAUGAUUUUGGAAUGGUUGGUGCCAUUCUUGUGGAGAAUGAGCAUCACAAGGAAAUGUUCAUCAAUAAUAUUGUUCUUCAUGGUUUUCCAAAUGGUACUAUUAAUGUUACCUGUAAUUCUUGGGUGCAUUCUAAGUUUAACAAUCCUCAAAAGAGAGUUUUCUUCACAAAUAAGUCAUAUUUACCAUGUGAAACCCCGAGUGGAGUAAGGAAGUUAAGAGAAGAAGAUUUGAAGAAUGUAAGAGGGAACGGUGAAGGAGAACGUAAGCGUUUCGAGAGAAUUUAUGAUUACGAUGUGUACAAUGAUCUUGGUAAUCCUGAUAAAAGUCAUGAUCUCAAAAGACCUGUUCUUGGUGGUAAAGAACGCCCUUAUCCUAGGCGUUGUAGGACCGGGCGUCCUCGCACUAAAACAGAUCCGGUGUCAGAGCAAAAUAGUGCGAGCGUGUAUGUCCCUAGAGAUGAAGCAUUCUCAGAAAUAAAACAAAUAACAUUUUCAGCAAAUACAGUGUAUUCAGGGCUACAUGCAUUGGUACCAUCUCUUCAAACAGCCUUACUUAACCCUUCACUUGGGUUCCCUUACUUUAGGGCUAUAGAUUCACUCUUUGAUGAUGGUCUUAAGCUACCUCCAACUAAAAUAGAGCAAGGAAUUCUUAGGAAUGUUCUUCCUAGAUUAAUCAAGACUGUCAAGGAUGCAAAUGAUGCCUUGCAAUUUGAGAUUCCAGACACUUUGGAUAGGGAUAAAUUCUUUUGGUUUAGGGAUGAAGAAUUUGGUAGGCAAACACUUGCAGGUCUCAAUCCAUGUUGUAUACAAUUAGUCAAGGAAUGGCCACUAAAGAGUAAACUUGAUCCAGAGAUCUAUGGACCAGCUGAAUCAGCAAUCACUGCAGAAUUGAUUGAGAGGGAGAUCAAAGGAUUCAUGACUAUUGAUGAGGCCAUAAAUGAAAAGAAGUUGUUCAUUUUAGAUUACCAUGAUUUGCUUUUACCAUAUGUAAAAAAAGUAAGAGAAAUCGAAGGAACAACAUUAUAUGGAUCAAGAACAUUGUUUUUUCUAACUUUGGAUGGAACAUUAAGACCAUUGGCCAUUGAGUUGACUCGACCACCAAUGGAUGGGAAGCCACAAUGGAAAGAAGUCUUCACUCCUUCUUGGCAUGCCACUGCUGUUUGGCUAUGGAGGUUUGCCAAAGCUCAUGUACUUGCCCAUGAUUCUGGUUAUCACCAACUUGUUAGUCACUGGCUAAGGACACAUUGUGCAACCGAACCAUAUAUAAUAGCAACAAACAGACAACUCAGUGUGAUGCAUCCAAUCUAUAGAUUGUUGCACCCACAUUUUCGAUACACAAUGGAGAUUAAUGCCCUAGCUCGAGAAGCACUAGUCAAUGCAGGAGGCAUCAUUGAAUCUUCAUUCAGUCCUGGAAAAUACUCGAUGGAGUUAUGUGCUGAUGCAUAUGACCAAAUAUGGCGAUUUGACCUAGAAGCAUUACCAGCUGACCUUAUCAAUAGGGGAAUGGCUGUGGAGGAUCCGAGCGCUCCGCAUGGUCUAAAGUUAACGAUUGAAGACUAUCCUUUUGCCAAUGAUGGUCUAGUUCUAUGGGAUAUAAUCAAACAAUGGGUCACCGACUAUGUCAACUAUUAUUACCCAGAGCCAACCCUAAUUGAGUCUGACUUAGAGCUACAAUCAUGGUGGACAGAAAUUAGAACUGUAGGUCAUGGAGACAAAAAAGAUGAGCCUUGGUGGCCAAUCUUAAAGACUCCAAACGACUUAGUACAAAUCAUAACGACAAUUGUUUGGGUAACAUCGGGCCAUCAUGCAGCUGUAAAUUUUGGACAAUAUACAUACGCGGGAUAUUUUCCCAAUAGGCCAACAAUUGCUAGAAUCAACGUGCCAACCGAGGAUGCUAGCGAUGAAUUUUUGGAGAAAUUUUGGGCUAAGCCGGAGGAAGCACUUAUGCAGUGCUUUCCUUCGCAGAUUCAAGCAACAACGGUGAUGGCCGUGUUGGAUAUACUAUCGAAUCAUUCACCAGAUGAGGAGUAUCUUGGGGAGAAGAUAGAGCCUUCGUGGGAAGAAGAUGAUGUUAUAAAAGCGGCUUUUGAGAGAUUCCAAGGAAGGUUGAAAGAGUUGGAAGGAAUUAUUGAUGGAAGGAACACCAAUAAGGAUUUGAAGAAUCGGUGUGGAGUUGGGGUUGUGCCUUAUCAACUUUUGAAGCCCUUUUCUGAGCCUGGUGUCACUAGUAAAGGUGUUCCUUAUAGUAUUUCUAUUUGAGUUGCAAAUGAAAAUAAUCAUUGUAAUGUAAAAUGCAAAUUAAAAAAGACUUAAACUAAAGUUAAAUGGCAUGUACAUGCAUGGUGAUCUCUAUAAAAAUAAAAUAAACGAAAUUAAUAUUAAUCAUCAAAA